CACAUCCUAUUUAUAAUUUUCUUAGCUAUCACCGAUUAUCUCCUUCCUAUUGUUCACUUUUAUCCUCAGUGUCUUCUGUUGUUAUUCCCAAAAAUGUGACUGAAGCACUUGAUCAUCCUGGAUGGCGACAAGCCAUGAUUGCAGAGAUGCAGGCUCUUGAAAGCAAUCAUACUUGGGAGCUCGUGCCCCUCCCUUCGGGCAAGAAGGUUGUUGGUUGUCGAUGGGUGUAUGCAAUUAAAGUUGGCCUCGAUGGUCAGGUUGAUCGACUCAAAGCCCGAUUGGUUGCAAAAGGGUACACUCAGGUUUAUGGCCUUGACUAUUGUGACACCUUCUCUCUCGUGGCCAAGAUGACUACUAUUCGCCUCUUCUUUGCAAUGGCAGCAAUUCGUCACUAGCCGCUUCAUCAAUUGGAUAUCAAAAAUGCCUUCCUUCAUGGUGAUCUUGAGGAGGAAGUUUACAUGGAGCAACCUCCUGGGUUUGUUGCUCAGGGGGAGUCUGGUAUGGUAUGCAAAUUGCAUCGAUCUUUAUAUGGCCUCAAACAAUCACCACUCAGUCUUUUACAAACAUACCUCUCCUGGGAAAUGUGUCUACCUAAUAGUAUAUGUUGAUGAUAUUGUUAUUACAGGAAAUGAUACUACUGGAAUAUCUCAACUGAAGGAGCACUUGGGUAAACAUUUUCAAACCAAGGAUCUCGGAAGCCUUAAAUACUUCUUGGGCAUUGAAGUAGCUCAGUCAAAAGAUGGAGUUGUAAUCUCUCAAAGGAAAUAUGCUCUUGAUAUAUUACAAGAAACAGGUAUGAUUGACUGCAGACCAGUAGAGAGUCCUAUGGACCCAAAUCAGAAGUUAACAACAAAAGAAGGCGAAUUAUUCUCCGAUCCAGAGAGAUAUAGGAGGCUCGUUGGAAAGUUAAUUUAUCUCACUAUUACGAGGCCUGAUCUAUCUUUCGCAGUUGGAAUUGUUAGCCAGUUUAUGCAGACUCCAUGUAUUGGACAUUGGAAUGCCAUCAUCCGUAUUUUAAGGUACCUCAAGAAGGCUCCAGGACAAGGUUUGCUAUAUGAAGAUAAAGGAAAUGUUCAAAUCUCGGGGUACUGUGAUGCUGAUUUGGCAGGUUCUCCUAUUGACAGACGCUCUACUACGGGAUAUUGUGUCUUCCUUGGAGGAAAUGUUAUCUCUUGGAAAAGUAAGAAGCAAAAUGUAGUGGCUCGAUCCACCGCUGAAGCUGAAUAUCGGGCAAUGGCGUCUCUCACGUGUGAACUUAUAUGGGUAAAGCAAUUUCUUCGAGAGCUUAACUUCUGUGAAAUUCAGACCAUGAAGAUGUACUGUGACAACCAGGCUGCUCUCCACAUUGCAUCAAAUCCAGUGUUUCAUGAGAGAACUAAACACAUAGAAAUUGACUGCCACUUUGUUCGAGAAAAAUUGAUGACCAAGGAAAUUUGUACUGAGUUCGUUGGGUCAAAUGACCAACUUGCAGAUGUGUUGACCAAGUCAUUAAGGGGACCUCGGAUUGAGUUCAUUUGUUCCAAGCUUGGUUCAUACAAUUUGUAUGCUCCAGCUUGAGGGGGAGUGUUAGAAUUAUUAUCUAUUGUAUCAUUAACCC